CGGAAGCGGAAGCGGAGCGCGCAGCCGUCCCGCAGCCCCGCCGCCGCCACUGCCGCCAUGCCGGGUGCUGCUGAGCGCGGCUCGGAGCUGUCGGAGCAGAUCGAGGCCUUCGUGACGCGGCUGCGGGGCGGUGGGGAGCGGCCGCGGUCCGAGGACACGGCGCGGCAAACGCUGUCGCUGCUGCGAAAGAUCAUCGCGCACGGGCGAUGGAACCGGGCGGGGGAGCUCAUGGAUCUGAUCCGGACAGAGGGCCAGAGGAUGACAGCAGCCCAGCCAUCUGAGACAACCGUGGGCAACAUGGUGCGGCGAGUGCUGAAGGUCAUUCGGGAAGAGUACGGCAGGCUUCAUGGGCGCAGUGAGGAAAGCGAUCAGCAAGAAUCUCUGCACAAACUCCUGACUUCUGGAGGACGAAGCGAGGAUUUCAGCACCCCUUAUCCUCCCCUCAGAGCUAACGUUAUUGAAGCUAUUAAUGAGCUGCUAAUAGAGCUAGAGGGCACCACUGAUAACAUAGCUAUGCAGGCACUGGAGCACAUCCACUCCAACGAGGUGAUCAUGACCAUUGGCUACUCGCGCACCGUUGAGGCCUUCCUGAAGGAAGCUGCCCGCAAGCGGAAGUUCCAGGUCAUCGUGGCGGAGUGUGCGCCAUUCUGCCAGGGUCAUGAAAUGGCUGUCCGACUAUCUAAAGAGAACAUUGAAACUACUGUCAUGAGUGAUGCAGCUAUUUUUGCUGUCAUGUCUCGAGUCAACAAGGUCAUCAUUGGUACAAAGACAAUCCUGGCCAAUGGCGCCCUGAUUGCUGUGAGUGGGACUCACACCCUGGCACUGGCAGCUAAACACCACUCCACUCCGCUCAUUGUGUGUGCCCCCAUGUUCAAGCUUUCACCACAGUUCCCUAACGAAGAAGAUUCAUUCCACAAGUUUGUGUCACCACAGGAAGUGCUGCCAUUCACAGAAGGGGAGAUCCUGGCAAAGAUCAACGUUCACUGCCCAGUGUUUGACUACGUCCCUCCAGAGCUCAUUACUCUCUUCAUUUCUAACAUUGGGGGUAAUGCUCCUUCCUACAUCUACCGCCUCAUGAGUGAGCUCUACCAUCCAGAUGACUAUGAACUCUAAUGCUGUGAAGCAUUUCACUCUCCAGACUCUUACUAUCUUUCUCUUCAGAAAGGUACAACAGCUAAUUAGCAAGUGGAUGUUGCAAAGACAGGUUGCUGUGAGCAAUCAGCGAGGAAUUUGCUCAGCAAUGUCUUUCCUACCUAAAAGCAACAGACUGAAGAGAUCUUGUACAAGUGUUGAUCUCUGUGCUGUGUUAGAAGCCCUGUGCACCUGCCAACUCACUUUGAUUUUGAAACAGCAAGGCAUAUGUGUAACUUUCUGGGGCAGCUAAGCUGUUACUUCAAAGUAUGCUGCAAUAAAGGCUGUUUACAGUGA